CACACGCAGCAACAUGUUCUGUAGGCCUUUGUGUAGUGUACGAUGCAGGGGGACGACGAGCAGUCCAAACGGCUGAGAGAGAAUUGUUUCAGUGCCCGGGUACAGUGACCGUGGUAUUACGGCAAAACGAGCCUGACUUCUUUUAGCCGGCCACUCCAGAGAUAUUACAUGCCCAAGACGAUAUAACCUUGUUUCAUCACUGGUCUGUCGUGAUCCUUAAGCUGAAGAGUGAUGCCUGCCACAGCGACCAUCGUCAACAUCGUGGAGGUCGCCGUUCUGUUGGUGGCUUUCGGAUGUGGAAUGGCGGCAUCCAUAAUGAUUGGGGUAACUUCGACUCAGAUGGGCGGCUGUGUUCUCAAGGCUUCCGUCACUCUAUUCGACCCCACACAUUUUACACUCUCAUACUCUAGCCAAUCCCGUUGCCAGUUCUGUCUGGCGGCGCAGGUGAUUGGUAUUCUGCUGGCGCUGGUGUUCAUGGCGUAUCGGAUCCAGGUCAUCUGCCGGGGAAAGUUGGAAAUCCAAGCGUUCGGCCGGUUCGUUGCCACCAUCGUCUUUGGUGUCAUGGCCUUCCUCGUCCUUGUGGAGGCGUGUCUGGUGACGGUCGGGCUGAAGACAUUUUGCAAUAAUCUGCUGGACUUGGAAGGCGCUGUUUGGCCCGAUACGUGUGCCGGGUUUCAGGGAGGUAUUGAUUGGCAAAGUAUCGACGGUUCGGCGUUUUAUUAUAAUCUCACUACAGCUGAGGCCGUGUCUUGGAUUUCCCUGUUGUGUUGGCUUUGUCUGAUGGGAAUCUCCUUGGUAACAAGUUUCUGCCUCAACAGGCGCAUCGGGGGUCUUGCCCGGGCUCAGCACACCGCACGAGCCAAGCCAGUCGUAACUUAGAGAAUCGUAGAAUAGUACGGAUGAGACUUUUAAAAAAUCGGGUCGUACCUCACUUUACAGCCCUACAACACAUUCUGUGAAUAAAAAAGUGUUUAUGUAGAUGGUAUUGUAUAGAUUCUGGACAAUUCUAUGGACCUUUUUGACCAUCAUUUUGUAUAGGCGGCUAAGGUUUGCAGAAAGUUAAACCUUGAUAAAUUGGCACUCUAUGGAUUAUUCCUCUAGUUUUGUAAUAACGGCCAGCCAUAGUUUGGGCAACCAUCGGUGGGCAAAAUUUUAUAUUUGAAGUCGGCAAAUACAGGUGUGUAGACGAAUCAAUGGCGCUACACUCCCGCCGGCGCGCAUUCUUAAACUUCAGAGCGUGUGCGCUUUUUAAGUCCCGACACCUUAUUGGUGGAUGGUACCCACGUGGCAACACAUUAAUGCGAGCGCGACACCACAAAGGAAUGGCUGUUUAUUAAAGGAAAGUAUGUAAGUAAGAGGUGAAGCGAGUGAAUAAAAAAACGGUGUUUGUGAAAGGAA